AUGAAUAACGCUAACAUCGAGAUUCUAUGCCCUUCUGACGAUGCUUUAAGGAAUAAUGAAUGUUUUUGUGACUGGAGGGUACAAAUAAAAGGUUGUCCCUCGGAAGAAAAUUUUCUUCAAGACCUAUAUAUUACAAACACAGUUAUGUGCUUUUUGGUGUUUUUAAUGAUAACAGCGCUAUUGAUUUGGAGAACUAGUGUAAAAGGUCAACGAUUAAUUGCGCGAGACACAUACAAUGAAAUGGGUAUUUUACGACCUAGACCACUGGAAUGUUUUUUAUUAUUAAACAUGUUUCACAUCUGUGCUCGGCUAUUAUACUCAGUCUGUUUAUUGAGUGAUUACCUUCCAAAUAAUUUACUAAAAGAAUUAUUCCAUGACGUCACUUUUACGAUUUCAUUAGCAUCUUUAGCUCUAUACUUAAUUGGUCUAAUAUAUACAAUUCCAAGAUCUCAUACUAUGCCUCGACGCCUUAAUUCAUACACCAGACCAUAUAACUCAUCUGAGGAUAUUAAAGAAGUAUGGGUUCCCCUUCCAAUUAUGGUUGAUAGCUUUGGAUUUUUUGUAUUAUUGGGGCCAAUUGUGUCUUUGAAUGCAUUGGCAAUAAUAUCAGGAUUUUAUAUGGACAAAGGGAAUAGUAAAAUAGCAAAUUUUUGGAUCACCAUCCAUUAUGAGACUAAAGAAACAAGCAGAGAAAACCCUACAAAAUUGAAAAGUUUAAAGCAAGGAUUAAAAAAGUUGAGAUUAGUGCUGGCAAUUUUGCUAUGCGUUCUAUUGUUUUUUGCGACUUCGUCUUUAUUGUUUGGAUUGUUUAGAACUUUCUUGUUGACCUCCCCGUUUAUUUCUCGAGCAUUAGCCGCAUGUUGGAUUUUAAUUGUACCAAUGAUGAAUGUCAUUAUUGUAACAAUUUUGGCCAUCGAGACUAACAAUAAAGAACCUAUACAUAUACUUCGCCAAUCCCAACUCCUCGAUGAUGAUUAUCCGAUUCAAAUCCCUGUCCGUCCGUCCAAAUUUCAUCAGAAUUCUGAAUCUAUUAAUUCAAAUUCCGAUACAAUUAGUCCAAUAGCAUUAACAACCAUCAAAUUAAAAAGAACAAAUGAUGAUAAUUCCGAUUUAAACUACAUUUCUCCAUCACAUUCUCAGACUCAUACUCAUUCUCGGGCUGAAUCUUGGAAACAGAAUAAUAAUACCUCCGAAGAUGCUUAUGCAUCUCUUGAUGUUAUUGUUCCUGAACCAUCUUUUUCACCAAAAGAACAAUUUUUUUCUCCAAAACAGUAA